AUGGCCUACGUGCGUGGCCCCGCUCUCCGCUUCCUGCGCCGCCCAGCCCUGCGCCCCACCCGCGCGCUGAUUGCGGCGGCAGCAACAGCGGCACCAAUGCGGCGCCCCGUGCUGCAGAUUCUGCACGCACGCUUGCUGGCCUCUCGCCGCACAGCCGCUGCGGCGUCUGAAGAAGAUCUGGCCGCUGCCCGCAAAUGGCUGCAGAAGCUGGAUUCCGAGACCAUCCCCCCAAGCAUAGGCGAUGUCUCGUUCAGCAGGUCCUCAGGGCCCGGCGGCCAAAACGUGAACAAAGUCAGCUCCAAGGCCACUCUGCGCGUUCCUCUCGACGCCCUGCUGCCAUUGCUGCCGGCCGUCCUCCACCAAGAGAUACGUUCCUCCCGCUACUUUGCCGCCAACUCUCAUGCCCUAGUCAUCCAGUCAGAUGACAGUAGAAAGCAGACUGACAACGUCCAUGCCUGCUAUCGAAAACUCCACCAAUUGAUUGUGGACGCGGGUAAAAGCGCCGUGCCCGGCGAGACGUCAGAAGAGCAGAAAGAGCGGGUCCGAAAACUAGAAAAAGCAAGUAAUGAAGCCAGGCUCAAGACGAAGAAGUUCAACAGCGGCAAAAAGAGUGCGCGGAAGGGAGGUAGUCCUGAUUAUUGA